AACUCAACGGGAUCGAUGGACCCGUCGUACUUCUCCGGCAGCUCAGGGCGGAACUUGGAGGGCCAUUUGACCCGUCGGAGCUCACUAGAGAAAGAACGGCAGCCGGUGCCAUACCCCGGGGCGCGGGCGGCGCUCCUUGGCGGUGAAAGCUGGCAAGCCGGGAAAUCCGGGCGAUCGAGGGCCGGAAAAGAGGAAGCUUGGUCCUCAGCCUCGGCCUCCUGCCGGGUCUCCCGCUGGCGCUCGUGCAAUCGCUGCAGAAAACUGCGCUUCCUGAUGGAGCUGGAUAUAAAUGCCCACACUGCAAAUGCACAGCCUCCAAGUUCAAGGACUGAUAGCACAGAUGAAGCAGAAUUUGUGCUUUUUGGUGAUAUGGGGUGUCAGCUUGUUCGUAAAGAUGUCAGGCUAUUAAUGAGGUCUUCCCGCACUGUUGACGCUAUUCCAAGCGAAAUAGCCUCAUUGGUUUCCCAAAAAUAUCAGUUCACAGUUAAUGUAACCAGCAAGUGUUUUGAAAAGCCACAACGCUCAUAUGAGGUGAAGCACAUCCACUGUGCCUACGGCCGUCAACCUACCAUUCCAACAAUCAAAAGGUCCACCGAUGCAUUUCGUGAUGAGGCAGGAAAAGCGAUUUUGCCAAUUGCUUAUUCAUCUGGCCCUUCAGAACCACACAAAGUCCACCAGCUUUUGUAUGAUUGCCUCCGUUCCUUCCUCUGUCUGACAGAACGUGAAAGAUACACCACCACCCAAGGACUCUCCAAACCUGACUGCGUUAAAGAACAAACAGCCUCCUUUGGUUCAGACAAACACAAUGACUCUCUUGAUGAUGACCUGGGAGAUGAUUUAGCUCCUCCCACUACUAGGUCUCCACUUGGUUCUGAUCAUGAUGAUACUUCUGAUGUUCCCCGUGGUGAUACCGUACCCUAGUGACCCUUCUUUGAAUUCCUCAACAAAAUACCUAGCGUACGAUGCCUCCAUCUCACCAUGAUAAAAUCGAAUCUGUGUUCCACCGUCGCCCCGUGCGCCAGCUCAACCGGCCUUGUUAUAGAACUGCAAUUUUACAGGUAUGUACUUCUCUUUAUUCGUUUUGCCACACCACUCCUUUCUUUAUCAGUCCAAUGUACGACAUCUCGCCCUGUAUCUAGAAUCUUCACCGUAAAUAUCUAUAUAUAUGUUUGUGAUACAAACAGCAUAUGCUCUACUAGAGCACACCGGUCUGUACCUCUGCGUACUAAACGAUGACUUCACCCACUCCUUCCUCCCUCCACACUUCCUCUAGCUUACCAUGUCAUGAAAAACCAGAAGAACUCGUACCAAAGGUAAUUCAUCUUUUCCUCUUUUUAUAUACAUUUCUUCUUUUCUCAUUCACACGUGCUGGCACAAAUAUCAAUGAGCCUGCUUCUUGUGGCCGGCCACCAACUCUUGUUACUGUCAACAGACCCUUGCUGCUAAAAGAGGUACUCUUAAAGCUAAAUCACACAGCAUAGGGGAGUGAAAUACAUCUCCAUGACCUUCUAUAUUCCUUUAAAUCUAAAUUCGGUCUCACAUGUCAAUGUGCUCUCCAUCUCCUAUUGUUUUGGCUCCUUAGACAUUAGGUCCUACGACACCUUAUUCUCCAACAAUUUUACAACGUUGCCUACAGCCAACCAAAAAAACAUAAAAUUAUUUCCCCAAUACCUACUACAUUUGUACCUGCCUAGCCUAUAUUCCUCAACUUUCCUCCUUUGCCUUUCCAAUUCGUACAUAUCCUUAGAAUAUACUAAGGAUUCUUAUUAAGCUCGUGAAAAAUACAGCACGUAUAGCCUAUCACCAUCUAUUAUCCUUUUCUCUCACCGCUGUGUCUAACAAUCCGUUCCAUUCAUAUCACCACCCUGGUCAGUGGCGAAAAGAACAGAAAUAAAAAAAAUGCGACUUCUCCAGCUGAGAGACCAUGUCCUACUGUUUAUGCAAAAUAUCUUCUCCUUUCACUGGCAACUACCCACCCCGUGCCUUCUUCGACAGUCCAAUACCUGCUUUUUCCUUGCCAAUCCACCUCGCUGUCUCCCGUUUUGUUCCUACUCCUUGCUCCCUGACCUCGUCCAAGACCGGCACGAUCAAAGAAAUUUAAUUCACAUUUCAACAUUGAAGUCCAUGGUUAGUCCUCCUGGUUUCUUGAUCUAACAUUUAUUUCCUCUUCCCUGCUUCCAAUCGAAUAGCCUCAAGCGCACAAAGCUUACACUCUUCUAUGCUGAAAACUACCUCUUUUAUUCCCUUUUCAUUUUAUUCAUUUUAUCCGCAUGGUUUCUAAAAUCGUCCAGGCAGAAAUUAUCUCCCAUGCUGAUUUCUUAGAUUAAAUCCCUACCAGACGCCAUUUCCUACU